GUCCCAACAUCAAUGGAGUUUGUUUUAAAAGGACGCCAAUUCGCACCAAUUCCAAGACACGGAGAGCCAAACCUUUGAUAGUACACAUGAAUGUGGAGAAAGUCUUCCACAUGAAUGGAGGAAUUGGUGUCACUAGCUAUGCAGAAAAUUCCUCCCUCCAGAAGAGAGGAUCUGAUAUGGUGAAGCACCUAACCACAGGAACAGUACUAGAAAUUUUUCUUUCCACCACUCCAAAGAGCUUGGGGAUAGCUGAUUUGGGUUGCUCUUCUGGACACAAUUCCUUGACCAUUAUCAAAGACAUCGUGGAAGCUGUUCAAGGGACAAGCAGCAACAUGUUGCACCCAACGCCAGAGUUUCGAGUUUACCUUAAUGAUCUUCCAACAAAUGACUUCAACUCAAUAUUUAAGGCCUUGCCGGAAUUCUAUAAGGGGUUUGAAGGAGAAAAAAAUGGUGGGGGUCCUUCUAUUUUCAUAGGUGGCUACGCUGGCUCUUUUUAUAGAAGACUUUUCCCCAACAAUUGCUUGCACUUUGUCUAUUCAUCAUACAGUUUGCACUGGCUCUCAAGGGUUCCCCCAGCCCUUUACGAUGAACAAAACAGGUCCAUAAACAAAGGCAACAUUUACAUAUCUGAAUCCAGCCCUCCACUGGUUUCCGAGGCAUAUUUUAAGCAAUUUCAGGAUGACUUCAAUGAUUUCCUUUGCUCACGGUCUCAGGAGCUAGUUGUUGGAGGACGAAUGGUGCUAAUCCUGCUGGGUAGGGAAAGUCAGGAUCAUGUGGACAGAGGCAACUCUUUCUUCUGGGAACUUCUCUCAAGGUCCUUAGCUGAAUUGGUCUCAAAGGGAGAAGUUGACAAAGAGAAGCUCGAUUCUUAUGAGGUGCAUUUCUAUGCACCAUCAAAGAAUGAAAUAGAAGAUGAAGUCAGAAAGGAAGGUUCUUUUAAAGUAGACCGAAUUGAAAUGUUUGAAAUAGAGAGGGAUCAUGACAAGGAUGGUCGGAGCUAUGGAACAGCAAUCGCCAUGACAGUAAGAGCCAUCCAAGAAUCAAUGAUUUGCCACCAUUUCGGAGAAGGGAUUUUGGACAAUCUGUUUGAGAUUUACGGAAGAAUGGUGGAUGAAGAAAUGGCUGUAGAAGAAAUCAGACCCAUCACUUUUGCUGUUGUUCUAAGAAAAUUAUGAUAUAAAUGUAAGGUAAUGUAAUGAAUUUAUGUUGAUAUUACAGCACUAAUGUAGCCAAUUGCCUCCUGCAUAUUCAAUGGGUAGUUAAUUUAUCA